GCCAAUCAGAAGUGCCGGUCAUGCUCCGUUAAUAUUGCAGCAUUAUUAUGUUGUCUUGGGGUGCUGUCAAUGCCAAUGUGCAUUGCGUUUGUCGAACUUGUCUUAUUACGUUUCAUUCUAAAUUAUGUUUGAGAACCAGGAACUCUGUUCCGGUGCUAAGUGAGGUUGGUAUCACAUUUGGUGGCCAUUCUGAGACCGUAGUUUGUGGGCGUUAGAUUCGGCUCACAUUUGUACCGAGGAUGGACAGACGUUUGCGCCACGACUCCCUACUUCGGUCAGCAGUCGUACUUUGCAGUGUAUUAUCUGUGCGGUGGGGAACUGGGAGUUCAUGUAAUCAGCCAUGUCUCCAGUUCACCUGAACUAUGCACCUUUGGACUGGAGUGAGGGUCGGGUGCAGAGUCGAACCCACAGCCCUACGCGUCCAGCUACCGAGGACCGAUCUGAACAAGGCUUGAUGCCUUCAAUGGAGAUAUUAGGCCAAACUGUUCCUUGUUGUUUUUGUCGCUGUUGUCUUUGUUGUCCGGUGUGACUUGGCAGUUCUGCUUGUACUGAAUUACUCUGGCUAGCGUCACCUGCUGCUUUAAAAAAAAAAAAAACAUUGUUGGGUGAUUAAUGACAGAAUCCUAAGUGCUCAAGUUAUUUAACCGAUGACUGACAUGCUUGCCUGCUGUUCAGGUUAUGGCCGGUUUGCUUCUAACUUGUAUUUUGUGCUCGGCCUCCGCUAAUGAACAAAAGCCUGAAGUCCUCAUGCGCACAUUUGGAAGAAUCGUGUGUUAAACAUUAAACUCAUUGAACCACAGCUAUUAACCGUAGUUAAUGGGAAGCACUUAUCACAGCAGCGUAAAUCGACCGGUAGGUUUGAGGUGAGAGUUGGCACCGUCGUGUCCUGACUGGUUCUCUUGAGUGACUUUCUGCUGCUAAAGGUCUUGCUUUUUGCCCAGAAUCAGCUUUUGUUCUGCUAAUGGUUUAGUUGUUGGAAUAACCAGCUUUUUGCUUCACUGCUUGGUAGUUUGGCCAUGUCUCCGUGUGUGACUGUGAUGAUUUUAACGUGGCACAGGACAUCCGACGCCGGUAUCUCAUUAAGGUACAAUGCAACGCAAAAACAACUCAUCUCUCCAAAGGAUAUGUGAACCGAUGUUCUUGGCUUAAUGGCACCACCUCCCCCCAUACAUUGUCGUGAUUGUCAGGAGCCGUGGACAGUUGGGUCCUGACGCAGCCACCGGAUAGGCCGCAGGGGGUCGCCAGACCACCAAGAGCUUUCCGCACAUAUUUGCGAGUGUCCUACCGGUCCAGUAGCACAUUAUGCAAUACUCAGCAGCCUGCCGUCACCUCAGCUGCCCUGGACUUCAGCCCACGGACGUCAUACCCCCCCCCCUUUCAACUUUCAAUGGCCUGCCGGCCCUCUGAUGUCACAACGUGGGACAAACACGGCAGGAUGGAAGGUCCAAUCGGCAGAGGGGGUGGGGUGAACCGGUUAGCGUUUUUGCGACAGCCGUCCGUGUCAUGACGCCACGAGGAGAACACCCGUGUUGCCACUCCUGGUUUGAGCAAUCGAGGGCGUAGAGAUGAAAUCCGUGUUUCAGCCACGAGACGUUUUCCCACAAGGAGCUCAGGGCUCUGUUGUCUUGCCCAUUUCUGAGUUUCACCUUGAGGUGCUUUCAGACUUUGUUGUCGUUAUCUUAAUUAGAUCCCUGGGUUGAUCAGUUAAUCUUUACUGUAAAUCAAGACACACAGGCCACGCCCUCAAUCCCACUCCCCACCACAAACACCUUACGGUCUAGGCCAACCUGUACACAAGAAUUUGAACUUUCAGAAUAUGAACUUUUUUCAGCUCCCGGUGUUGAAUGGAGGUUGACACACUGACAGCGAAUGAACUUUGAGUUCCCGACCCGCUGUCCCUGCCCCCUGCGUGGAGUGACGCCUUUUGGCUGUCACAAUAAAGGCGCCCAAAACAUGAACAGAACAGAGAGAGGAAAAUCUUGGAGGAGUGAGCGUGGAACACCCUGAACGCUCCAAAGCACAAACCAGUUUCCAUUCCCCUGGGGUGACAAACAGGUGAGGAUGGUUGGACUGAAGCCCUCCGAGGUACCUCCACCUUUAGGGGUUAAGAUCCUGAGUGCUGGCAUGGCUGGCUGCAUCGCCGACCUGGUCACCUUUCCCCUGGAUACCGCCAAAGUUCGGCUACAGAUCCAGGGAGAGAAGGCAGCAGCCGGGGCGGCCAAGGAUAUCCGCUACAGGGGCGUGUUCGGGACCAUCAGCACCAUGGUGCGGACCGAGGGGCCGCGCUCGCUCUACAACGGCCUGGUCGCUGGUCUGCACCGGCAGAUGGCCUUCGCUUCCAUCCGCAUCGGCUUCUAUGACAGCGUCAAGCACUUGUAUACCGGCGGGAGAGACAAUCCAGGGGUCGGGACCCGGAUCCUGGCUGGCUGUACCACUGGAGCCAUGGCAGUGUCCAUCGCGCAGCCAACAGACGUAGUCAAGGUUCGGUUCCAGGCCCAGUUAAACCUCCAGGGGGUGGAUCGCAGAUACAGCGGGGCCCUCAAGGCCUACGGCAAGAUCUUCCGGGAAGAGGGUCUGCGAGGCUUGUGGAAAGGGACUCUGCCCAACAUAACCAGAAAUGCCCUGGUUAACUGCACAGAGCUGGUCACUUACGACAUCAUCAAGGAGGCUAUUCUCAACCACAAGCUGAUGUCGGACAACCUGCCCUGUCACUUUGUGUCUGCAUUUGGGGCUGGGUUUUGCACGACGGUCAUCGCCUCCCCCGUGGAUGUGGUGAAGACGCGGUACAUGAACUCCCCGCCUGGCCAGUACACGAGCGCCAUCAACUGUGCCUGGACCAUGCUGACCAAGGAGGGGCCCACGGCCUUCUACAAAGGGUUUGUUCCCUCUUUCCUAAGAUUGGGCUCCUGGAACAUAGUGAUGUUUGUGUCCUUCGAGCAGCUGAAGAGGGCCAUGAUGGUCUCCAGAAAUAAGGCGGAGACAAGUGACUCUACACCAAAGAGGAAGGAGCCUGUAUGAAUCGCUCCACCCAUAAUCCGGUUAACCCAUGCAGAACACAUACAGAUCAUCAUCUCUCUGUCUUCCGGAGAGCGACUAGCAGAGGUGGAUACUUCAGUGUCAGGAAUGAAAAAUCCAGACCAAGAUUUUGUUUCAGCCGACCAGUUGAGUACUCAAUGAAACAAAAUCUUUUCUCGAUUUUUAACUUUCUGGACCUGAGCUACCCUCGUCUGACAACUACCUUUAGAUAGUAUAAUUACAAAAAAAGUAAUUGGUCAAUACAAGGGGACCGGAUGACUGCAUAUCCUGAAAUCCCAAAGUAAUUAGUCACCAGCUGUAAUUAGCCACGUGUGGCUAAGGUGUUUGAGCAUGAUCCAUUGCUUAAACACAUAGUUGCAUUGUGGAAAAUGUCUGAACGAGAGGAGCACUUUAAGAAAAGAGGUCUGUUCUCCCAGAUGGCAGUAGCUUUAGAUACUCGAUGAUGGACUUGGACCUCAGCUGAUACAAGGGCUUCUCUUCUCCUAUAAACAAGCUUCUGUGUGCUAAACGUACGCACUUUGUACUGUGGGGCAGGACGAUUUUUUUGACCUUCCUUGGCCGGCGAGUAUCGACAGUGACCUGGAUUCUGUUUUUUCGUAAACUCUACGCUUCUCCGACCGCGGGGUAAUUGCGGUGGAGAACCUGAAGUAAGUGAGAUAUGCACAAAGGUCUUUCCACCUGCAUCAAUGGAUAGAAGGAAUGUUUAUAUUUAUUGAAACAAAAUGCACUUAAUUUUCUUU